AUGGGCGAAAUCGCCGAUAAGAAAAACGAUUUUCUGGCUAAAUGGGGCGAAGGAGCCCAUGGAAACGCCAUGAAGCUUUUCCCAACAAUUGCUGGGCAGCUGGUGAUUUCAAUCCCUCAGCUGAUCCCAGCUAUCCAGAAAGUCAUUAAUGAGGAACCCGACAUUGCGGGAAAAUCGUUGAAUGAACAGUUUAAUAAACUACUUCUUCACCCAUUACUAAGUUUAAGACCAACCAGUCUUCAGACUCCAACUAUGGUGAUAGUGAUUGAUGCACUGGACGAAGGCGAACCGGAUGAGCAGAUGCGAAUUAUUGUCCGUUUAUUAUCGCAGCUACGCAAAUCAAAAGCUAUAAAUCUGCGAGUCUUUCUUACGAGUAGGCCUGAGUGGCUCAUUCUCCAAGAGUUCUCAGACAUCACAAGCCGUGAGCAUGAAGACCUGAUACUCCAUGAGGUUUCUGAACCAGUCAUACAGCAUGACAUAUCAUUAUUUCUGCAAAACCGCCUGUCCGAGAUUCGGAAAAUUCGUUCUUUACCCGAAAAUUGGCCUGGAGAUGCCGAUUUCAGCAAUCUCGUGAACUUGUCAGUCCCUUUAUUCAUCUUCGCCGCUACUGCCUGCCGUAUAUUUGAGGACCCUCUUUGGGACCCAAAUGAGAGCCUGGUAGAGAUCCUCGCACAGAAGAACAAUGGAUCCGAGUUCCAUGCGACAUAUUUCCCUGUGCUUAAUCGGCUUCUUGAAAGACAAACAAAGAGGAAAGAGAGGAUACUGGUUCACGAGUUUCAAGAAAUUGUUGGCACGAUAGUACUGCUUGAGAGCCCACUCUCAGUCAUCUCUCUUUCACAGUUUAUUGGACUGCCUAACGAGCAUAUUGAUCGGAGACUGGACUUGCUACAUUCAGUGCUAAACAUACCAGAAGAUCCGACUCAACCGGAGAGGGAAGAGUAUUCCUCAAUCUUGGACUUCCUUUAUGAUGUAAAGCGCUUUGUUCUGAAAAAUCUCCAAAUAGCCGAUGAAGCACCACUUCAAAUCUACUGCGCAGGGCUAGUAUUUGCACCUCGAACGGCAAUAAUCCAUACAAAGCUCCAGUCAGAGCUUUCUAGUUCGAUCUGUCAAACCCCGCAAGUUAACCAAUACUGGAGUGCAGAAUUACAGGCUCUCGAGGGCCACUCGGACUGGGUUAACUCGGUGGCCUUCUCGCCCGAUGGCCGGUUCCUAGCGUCCGGCUCUAAUGAUGAGACAGUACGGUUUUGGGACACGGCAACGGGUAGCCUACAGCAGACUCUCGAGGGCCACUCGGACUGGAUUGACUCUGUGGCCUUCUCGCCUGACGGCCAGCUACUUAUCUUUAAGGGCCAUUCGGACUUGGUUAAGUCAGUGGCCUUCUCGCCCGGUGGCCGGUCACUAGCAUCCGGCUCUAGGGAUUUGACCGUGCGGCUCUGGGAUACGGCGACGGGCGGCCUGCAAGAGACCUGGAACACCAAGGGAGCUGUCUUCAAAAUCGAAUUCACACAAGAUUGCUCAUAUCUAAUCACCGACAACGGCACCUUCGAUGUGCCGUCGAGUUACGUAAACCAUGUUUCCAUUGUGAUCUAUAGAAAUCCGGCGAUCUACAUUGAACAACGAAAAUGGGUAAACGUGAGCGGCAAGAAUGUCUUAUGGCUUCCUCCUGACUUUCGGCCAACCUGUCAUGCAAUUCAUGAGGAUCUCCUUGCCCUUGGACAGUUUGCGGCUGUCAAUGAUUUCCAUUUCAUUUCCUACUCUAAUGAUUUGUUGACAAAAGAAAGGCUUGGGAGAGAGACCCACUUUAUCGCCCUCUAG